CAAAUAAAAAAUAAAAAAAAAUGUUGGUACUAUCAUUCAUAUACCCCAAGGAACCAGCAUCACAUUCUUCUUCAUGCUCUUCUUCUAUCUGAUCAGUGAUCACAUAUGCUCCCUUCAGUAGCUCCAACAAUUUCUUCAAAAAAGAGAAACUUUGCAUCCCUAUCUUUUUCUUCUGCAGGUUGGUUUUCUCUAGAAAAAUUUGAUCUUUUUUGAUGAGCAUGGUUAAAAAUGGGCCCGAGGUACCUGCUGAGGGUUCAUUACCUUCACAGGAAGAACCCAGGGAUCAGGGUUUAGAGCAGGAAAAGGAGGAGGAACUCAAGGAUCAUUCUUCUGUUGUUGUUGAGAAUGGUGGUGGUAAGGAAAAUGGUGAUGGAGUUGUUGAAGUUCUCAAUAGCAGUGUCUUAGAGACCAAGGUUUCAGUAAAAUUGAAGGGGAGUGAUUCUGAUUCUGAGAUGAAUGGUGUGUCAUCUUUGUUGCAAAUGAGGGGAACUGGUGAAAGCCGGGAUGCUUCUCAAGAAGCCGAGAAAUUGGAUUCGAUCGAUGGCUCUCGGAAGAGAGUGGCAGAUGGUGAUUAUGGUCUGAAAGAGGGUGCUUCCAUGGGGAUCAGCGGUGGUGAAGAGAGAAGUGAUGGAAAGAAGAGCGAGGAGGAAGUAACAGAUGAUGAUGAUGGGAAAAUUGUGACUAGAGAUGUGCCAAUUGUGGAGACCAGUGAGAAUGUAGAUGAUGAAGUGGAGGAAUUAAGUGAUGGAGGACAUGUAUUUGCUGUUGGUGAUUUUGUUUGGGGAAAAAUUAAGAGUCAUCCGUGGUGGCCCGGCCGGAUUUAUGAUCCUUCAGAUGCUUCAGACUUUGCUUUGAAGUUGAAACAAAAGAAUCGGCAGCUCCUUGUAGCCUAUUUCGGGGAUGGAACAUUUGCUUGGUGCCAUCCUUCUCAAUUGAAGCUGUUUGAGGAAAACUUUGAUGAUAUGGCAAAGCAAAGUACCACCAAAGCCUUUGUCAAUGCUGUACAAGAAGCUGUGAAUCAGGUUGGAAUGCUUCUUGAUAUGAAGAUGAGUCGUGAUUUUCUUGUAAAUGAAUCUAUGCCUGGAUUCACUCUACCAUUGGCAAAGAAUGCUGGAAUCAAGACAGGAACUCUUGUGCCGGAAAAUGGUGUAGAGAGACUUUUGGCCGUUCCAAUGGAACCGCUGGAGCUACUUGCUCGAGUGAAACAAGCUGCUGAAAUUAUCGCUGUUGCUAGUAUUCUGGAGCUGGAGACAUUAAAGGCUCAGCUUUCGGCUUUUUAUCUAUCAAGAGGAGGUUAUAAGUUAGCUCGUUAUGAGGAUCCCCAGCCAGUUCUUGGACUCGAAGAUAAAUUGACGGAUGAAACUGUUUAUGCAGGCAAUGGUAAGAGUGCAGUGGAAGUGCCUGUCCAAGGGCCAUUUGGGGAGGACUAUUCUGCCUCUCCGAUGAGCCUGAAAGUCGGUGCAUCUGGUAACUCUCAAGGGCCUUCUGGAAAUACACCAAACCAUAGAAGGAAGCAGAAAAGCAUGGCUGAAAUUAUGGGGGAGGACAAAGAUGUACUUGCCAUGAACAAGGAGGGGGAUGAAACUGACGAAACUUUAAAUGCAAUUGUGUUCACUGGUAGGAAAAGAAGAAGAGACCGUGAGGUUGCAAUGUCAUCGAAACCAGUUCGGGAGAGAAAAGAAUUGCGUGUAGAUACUGUGGCAAAUCUACAGAAUGCUGAGAACAAAGGCAGUGGGGGCAAGCAGAACAGCGACAAGGGCUGGUCGCCAAAAUCAGGAGAGUUGAAAGAAGCUUUUGAUGGUGAAAACAUUAGCAGCGGUAGCAGAAAGGAGAAUACUACAGAAGCGAAUACCAAAGAACAGAAUGAGAAGGGUUCUUUGUUAAGAGAAAGGAAGUUAAGCAAGUACUUGUCCCCCCCCUUCACUACUUCCCUUGAACAUCUAGCAUCGGGCAGGGCUGCUGGCCAGCCUUCUCCUCGAAUUCUGAAGUGUAAUGGCGAGACGUUUAAGGAGAAUCUCACAAAGGAUGUUGCUGUUGGGUUCGCGCUCUCUGAUGGCCCAAAUCACCAAACUCAGAUAGAUGAAGAGGAGAAGGCCAUCGAUCUUAAGAAAAUUCAGGUCACUCCUUUUGAAGUCCUGUCUGAAUUCCGGCAUGCAGCUGUUAGUCCUCAAAUUUCUCGGGACAGCGACUCUCUUGAAGCACUUGUGGACUUCAUUUCUGUCUUCAGAAGCUCAUUGUAUCGCCACGGAUCCCUAUACAAAGUGUACAAAGAAUGCCGACCUGGAAGGAAGAGAAAGAAGUCAGAAACCGAUCAACCAGAUCACCUGUCACCUAACAAUGAGUUUGGGCCUAGGAAGCGAAGAAAGAGGAAGGGAACUGAAAACACUUCAGCCGCGGAGCUUAUUGUGUCAUUCUGGCCAGGGUCCGCUCUACCUUCAAGAUCUGACAUCGUGGCGAUUUACAGCAAGUUUGGGGAUCUGAAUGAGGCUGAAACCAACAUGUUCCGAACAAAUUACACCGCUAGAGUGUGCUUCCUAAGAGCUUCUGAUGCUGAAAAUGCCUUAAAGCAAUCACAAAUCACCAACCCUUUUGGAUCCUCUGAUGUAACUUUUCAACUCAAGUAUCUUUCUUCUUCCAGUGAUAGGUCCAAGUCCGAACGUUCAGCAUCAACCAAGGAGGAGUACAAUACCACCUUGGCUGUUUCACUGCCAAAGGACAAUGAAGCAUCCAAAUUCAACUAUGUAAGAGAGAAGCUUCAGGUUCUGACCUCAAUGCUGGAAGCAUCAGAUGGAAAAUCACAUGAAGUGAAGAACAAGGUUGUUAGUGGGAUGAAGGAUCUUUUGGAUGAUGUGGACAAACUUCUUGGAUUCUCUUCAUCCUAG